AUGGCGGCCGCUGCUGGCGUCAUGGCGAUCCUGGAGUCGACUUAUAACAGCCUGGAUCUGGAAGCUAUUCUGGAGUUGUAUGCGGACGACGCCAGAUUCUCGGCCCAUUCGGCGGGCUAA